AUGGACGAAGACGAACUGUUAUCAAAUUCGUUUUUUGGCACAGCGACACCAAACUCUGUUUCAGAACUUGCAGCGGACGUUAAUCCAUCUUUAUCCAGUUCUUUUCUAGCUGAUAAUUUCAACAUUGGAAAUCCCUGGGAUCCACCGGCUGUUGUGAAUGACCCCGCAAAUAUUUUGGCGGACGUAGAUCUUCCAGAAAUUUAUGCGUAUGCUUUCAACCUUGCACAUCCGAUAGGCGGUAGAAUACCGGUUCAAGCACUUCACAAAAUUUUGAGUAUUAGUGGGCAAUCUCAUGCAAUGGUUGAAAAGAUCCUAAAUUUAGCUGUGCCAGCCAGUAAUUCUCGAGUUAAUAGAGGGGAAUUUAAUACUGCACUUGCACUUGUUGGACUAGCGCAAAAACAUAUGGACGUGUCAAUUGAAACAUUAUUAGCACGAAAAGCUGAUUUGCCAGAACCAAUACUUCCUAAUCUGGAAACUAUCAAUUUCAAUAAUCGUGCAUCAAGUUUUGGAAAUUUAUCACAGCCAAUAAUCACACCGCCCACCGUUGAAGCUGAUCCAUGGGCUAUGCCGUCACAAUCCACGUCGAAUGGAGUCCCCACUUUCACAAUACCAGAAAUUACGACUGACUUCUCAUCACAGUCAAGUAGUGUUCCGGGAAUCCAACCAAAUGUAAGUGAAGAAGAAUUUCGAUGGUGUGAUGAUACGGAUUCGAUUACUGUCAAAUUUGCUCCGGAACGAGAAGGAUUUAUAUUUAAACAUGUUAAUUAUAUUAUAGAAUCACAGCGACAUGGAUCAACAGUUACGAGACGAUACAGUGAUUUCUGGUGGUUAAUGGAAUGCCUUGAGAAGAAAUAUCCUUUCCGCAUACUACCAGCAUUGCCACCCAAAAAAAUUGGAGUCAACGGAUUUUAUUUCACAGUCGAUGAGUCGUUCCUUGAAAAACGAAGAAAAGGGCUUAUUCGUUUCUUGAAUUUUAUUGCAAGGCAUCCGGUGCUUAGAGACGAUGAAUUAAUAAAGAUAUUUUUAACGGAACAACAG